AUAAAAAUAAAUCGAAUUCCGAUCAUGGCAUCUGCAAACGUUAAUUUCCCACCCUCUCCCAAAGAUCCACUUAAGAUUGAAUUAGAAAUUGCAAUUAAUGAACACAAUGAAAAUCGUGUAAAAGAAUUGAUUGGCCUACUCAAAGAAAGAGAUGAAGAAAGUGGAUGUUGUACUUUAGGAUGGGAUGAUGGAUAUCAUCUGCUUAGCCAGGCUAUUCAAAGAAAUAGAGCUAUAACAAACCUUUUGUUAGAUUACGGAGUGAAAACGAAUAGAUUAUCAAAUGAAGCAUGCAAAUCGCCGCUUCACUUCGCCAUUGAAAAUCGGGACUUGAAGAUGGUUGAAAAACUAUUGAGUAAAGGUGCUAAAACAAGAGCGAAAACAUCUAACGGCAGGACCCCACUCUAUUUGGCUGUCGAAGUUGGGAAUAAAGAAAUAAUUGAGCUGUUAUUAGAAGUAGACCCCCAGCCUGCUCUCAACGAAAAAAAUAUAUUGCAGCCAAUUGAAGUAGCUGCGGAAAUUGGAGAAGAAAAAGUUUUCAACAUGCUAGUUAACAAAGGAGUCAAAGCAAAUUUAAAAUACUGUGAUGGUACGUUAAUGCUUCACGUGGCCGUUGAAAAUGGAUAUGAGAGGACGGUUUCGAAGAUUAUUGAUGAAAAAAAUUAUGAUAUCACAGAUAGUAGAAAUCUUCAAUUGUUAACUGCUGCGGUUAUGGGAUGGAAAGGGAAGUACAGAAAAAUUGUAUCAACCCUAGUCAAUGCCGGAUUUAAAAUUGAUCCCGAAAAAAUAAAUGAUAAAGCAUUUAUCCAUAAAGCUGCAGAUGAAGGUUAUUGUACGAUUAUUGAAGAUUUACUGACAUACGGUGCGGACCCGAACAUUUUAAAUGCGCGCGGUGAUUCUCUUUUAAUGACAGCAUGUAAAUCUAAGAAAGUUGAUAUUGUUAAAACGUUGAUAAGAAAUAAGGCUGAUAUACAUUUUAAAAAUUCAUCGGGAUACACGGUACUAUAUUACGUGAUCCAUAAUUUAAACUUCAAUGAGGAUAAAUUGUGCUCCCAUAUAAAAGUUUCUGAUUACUCAGAUGACGACUAUGUAAUUGCAAAAAAAAAUUUAGAUGAUAAUUGUACUUGUCAUUCUAACGAAUGGUUUGAAAUUUUAAAAAUCUUUAUAGAUCUUGGCAUAGAUGUUAAUAACAAAGAUCAAUACGAUUCGACGGCUUUGCAUUAUGCUAUACGUUAUAAUUAUAACGAGCAAUAUUAUCAUUACAUUAAAGAACUUACUUGUUUAUUACUAAAAGCAGGAGCUGAUGCGAAAAGUCGUGAUGAUCACGGUAAUACUCCUCUUCAAGAUGCAAUUUCUAGAGAUCGUUUAGAGAUGGUUGAAUUACUGUUACCAUCUGCUAAACUGGAUGAUGAAUGUUACGUAAAUUGUAAAAAGCAAACAUUGCUUCAUGCAGCAGCUGGGUCUAGCGGGAUUAAAUUGCUAGAAAUUAUUUUAAAACAAAAGGAAUUCAAAAAUUUAGACCUUCAAGAUAUUGGUGGUGCAACUCCACUUUCUUUGGCUGUUCAACGUUCAUGCUUUCCAGCUGUUGAAAUUUUAUUACUCCGUGGUGCAAAUCCUAAUAUAGCAGAUAACAAAAUGAUGACACCAUUACAUUAUAAUUUAGUAGACUGUGGUCUGCUAACAAUUCUCGAAAUAUUACUCAAGUUCGGAGCAAAUAUUAAUUGUGUUGAUAAGAAUGAUAUGACACCAUUGACAAUCGCAGCUUCAUACAACAAUGAAAGUCAUUUUGAAAUUCUCGCAAAAUAUGCUACUGAUUUAGAUGCCAGAGUUGAUAGAUCGGGAAGAACAGCUUUACAUUGUGCUGCUCAGCACCUAAAUAAAGCUUUUUCAAAACUAUUAAAGCUUGGCGCAGAUAUCAAUAUAAUGGAUUACCAUAAGAAAACAGCUUUGGACUAUUUGAUAAACUCUAUGGUUUCUUUUUGUAAAAAAUGUCAAGUUUCAUUAGAUCCGUCGAGUGACUCUAGCUUGAUCAAGCUUUACACUCAUGAACAUAUUAAAAAUGUACAUAUUUAUUUAGAACAUGUUGCGAAACUCCAAUUAAUUAAUUCAUUUGUUUCUCCGGAAAAUCUACGAAGCAUCUAUAUGUACGAAAAUAAAUAUAGUUGGAUUCCUAGUUUCAAAACUGAGAAUAAUGAAAUAUCAAAAAUUGAAAAAACAAAAGAAAUGUGUCAAGAAGAAGUAGAAUCGAUGAAGCAGUAUGUGCUUGAAAAUACUAACAUUAAUGUUUAUCAAAUUUUAACAAAAUGUCCUCAUCGUAUUGCUAAGUAUGUCUUGAAGAACAACAAUGUAUUUCAACAAUUACAAACUCCGGUUUUUGUUGAAAAUUUUCCUGUUUAUGGCAAUCUAUUAAGUCUCCGUAUUACAAAAUGCUUAGAGAGAAAAAAAAUAUUGGAUGACGAUACUGAUUAUUCGUUUCACCGAGUUUUUCCGUCUUUGCCUUCCAUUUGUAUCGAUGAAAUUCUCAGCUAUUUAAGUAAUUAUGAUUUAAAGAUUCUGAUAAGUGUGUGUCAAUUAACCAUGGAUUGUCAGGACAUUGAGUCUAAUGCUCAUCUACCACUCGCAGCUGAUGCAAGCCAUACUGCUAAAAAAAAAAAAAUUUAAACAGUUUCCUAUUUAAUAGGCAAAAUUU